CGGGGUGAUUGCGGUCUGUGUACGAUGUGGGGGGGGUCCCGAGGCGGUGGCGAGGGGCGCUCCCCACGGUCUCCGCCAUCCUCCGCCGAACAAAGCGGCGCGGGCGGGCGCCGUGACUUCACCGCCCGCCGCCGCCCCGCCUCCGCCCGCCCUCGCCCUGCCCCGCCGCAGCCUCCCGGCAAGCGGAGAGGGGGGGACACCCGCGGGCCCGAGGCGCACCGGCGGCGGGGCGGGGGCGGGCGGGGGCAGCGGCGGCGGCGGUCGUUUCGUUGCGGGAGCCGCGGGGCCGGGCCGGGCAGGGCAGGGCAGGGCAGGGCGCUCGGGCUGGAGGCGGAUGGAGGCAGCCGUCCUCCGCGCCCGCCCGGGGCCGCCCCGCCGCCGCCGCUGCCGCCGCCGCCGGGGGGGGCAGCCCCUCGCGGGGAGCGGCGGGCGCUGCCCUUGAGGUGCCGCCGCCCCGCGCCCUACCUGUGCCGGGCCCGUCGCCGCCGCCGCCGCCGCCGCUCCUCCCCCGGCCCCGCCGCCGCCGCCGCCGCCCCCGCGGGGGCCGGGACUGAGAGCGCCGCGCCGCCGAGCCGCGGCCCCGAGGAGAGGCAGCGGGACCGGGAGCGGGGCCGAGCGCGCCGCACGAUGUGGGUGCCGCUGCUGGCGUGCCUCACCGCGGGGAUCGUCUCCGUGCCCAAGUGCCAGCGCGGCCCCGGGGCCCUCCUCGGGGCGGCCCGGCUGCUGGCGGCCGUGCCGGGACUCUGCCAGCGCCCGGAAAACAGAUGUGCCACUUCAAAUGCAGGAACAUGUACAAAGUGUCUUGCUUUGGGUCCAGAGUGUGGAUGGUGUGCUCAAGAGGAUUUCAUGGCCGAUGGAACACAGAAGGGACGCUGUGACACUGUUUCCAACUUAAUGAAAAGAGGCUGCCAAUCAGAUCUUGUAGAAAAUCCCACAGUUCGUGUAACAAUACCCAGUGAUCAAGAAACAAAUACACAAGUGACACCAGGAAAAGUUUCAGUCCAACUGCGUCCAGGAAGUGAAGCAAACUUUAUAUUAAAAGUUCGUCCUCUGGAGAAGUAUCCUGUGGACCUUUACUAUUUAGUUGAUGUCUCAGCUUCUAUGCACAACAAUAUAGAGAAACUCAAUUCCGUUGGAUUUGCUUUAUCUAAAAAGAUGGCAAAUAUUUCUCUUGAUUUUCGACUUGGAUUUGGAUCCUAUGUGGAUAAAACUGUGUCACCCUAUAUUAGCAUUCAUCCAGGUAGAAUCCAUAACCAAUGCAGUGAUUAUAAUUUAGAUUGUAUGCCGCCUCAUGGUUAUAUUCACGUUCUGUCCCUGACUGACAAUAUAGCAGAAUUCAGAAAUGCAGUGAAUAAACAAAAAAUUUCUGGGAAUAUUGAUACACCCGAAGGGGGCUUUGAUGCGAUGCUCCAAGCAGCUGUGUGCCAGAGCCACAUCGGAUGGCGCAAAGAAGCCAAGCGACUACUUCUUGUGAUGACAGAUCAAACUUCCCAUCUGGCCCUUGAUAGUAAAUUAGCAGGGAUUGUAAUUCCUCAUGAUGGAAACUGUCAUUUGAAAGAUAAUGUGUACGUCAAAGCUACGAGUAUGGAGCAUCCAUCUCUUGGGCAACUCUCUGAAAAAUUGAUUGACAAUAACAUCAAUGUUAUUUUUGCAGUUCAAGGAAGCCAGUUCCAUUGGUAUAAAGAUCUGUUACCUCUGUUGCCUGGUACUGUUGCAAGACAAAUAGAAUCACAAGCAGCAAAUCUCAAUGACUUGGUGGUAGAAGCUUAUCAGAAACUAAUCUCUGAAGUGAAAAUCCAAGUGGAUAACCAGAUCCAGGAUCUUAAUUUCAAUAUCACUGCAAUCUGUCCUGAUGGAAGUAAAAAAACUGGCAUGGAAGGAUGUAAAAAUGUGGGAUAUAAUGAAGAAGUUCUUUUCAAUGUAUCAGUUACAAUGAAAGGAUGUGACACAACCGGAGGAAGAAAAUAUGCAAUACUUAAGCCUAUUGGUUUCAAUGAAACCACCAUCAUUAAUGUACAGAAAAGCUGUGCGUGUCAGAGUGGAGAUAGUGCAAGGCAGAAAAGAGUGUGGGCUGAUGAAACUUUUCCUGAUGGCAGACAGCCCGAUUGCAGUGACAACGACUGUAGCUCUCACGGGGAUACGGUUCAUUCUGAGAGGUGCAGGCAACACCCGAACCAGCCAAUCUGCAGUGGUCAAGGAAAUUGCAUAGAUGGAAAAUGUUUCUGCUACAAAAACAAGCUAGGCAAGGUGUAUGGCAAGUACUGCGAAAUGGAUGACUUUUCCUGCCCGUAUCACCAGGGAAACUUAUGUUCUGGUAAUGGUGAAUGUGAAGCUGGUAAAUGUAAAUGCUUUGCUGGCUGGGAAGGGGACCGUUGCCAGUGUUCAUUACAAUCAGCAAAACAGUGCCUGAAUUCAAAGGGCCAGAUUUGCAGUGGAAGAGGAAAUUGUGUAUGUGGAAAGUGUGAGUGCACUGACCCAAGAAGCUUUGGCCGUUUCUGUGAAUAUUGCCCUGCUUGUAACAAAGCCUGUGAAGAAAACUGGAAUUGUGUUCAGUGCCAUCAUUCUAACAAUGCAUCUCAAGCUAAACUUGACCAGUGUAAAACCUCAUGUGCUUACCUGUUGCAUUACAUUGACCAAACUUCAGAAUGUUUCUCUGGACGAAGCUACUUCAGAGUGUUUUCCAUAAUCUUUAUAGUUACAUUUCUGAUUGGGUUGCUUGUUGUACUUAUCAUCAGGCAGAUAAUUCUGCAGGGGAAUAGCAAUAAAGUUAAAUCUUCAGCUGAUUACAGAGUGUCUGCAACAAAGAAGGAUAAGAUGUUUUUGCCUACUGUUUGUACAAGAACAGUAACAUACAGACGAGACAAACCAGAGGAAAUAAAUAUCGACAUCAGCAAGUUACGAUUAAACGAAACUUUCAAGUGUGAAUUCUGAAGACUGUGUGUUUUCUGCAAAUUUCUAUUUUCAUCAUUCUCUAUUUUUUAAAAGUUACCACUCUGUCAGAGUCUUGACUGUUGCUGUUUGUUUUUGUGUCAUGCAUUUUGUUGGAUACUGUAACAAAGUGACAUGUAAGCAUAUUCACAUAAUGUGACUAUGUUUGAACUAUAGCUGCUGUAUUUUUUUAUUUUUUUAUUUUUUGGAAGAGGAAUGUGCGUUACUACUGUUCAGGAACAUUAGUGUUGAUGUAGCACUUUAAUGUAUUCUAAUUUAUUUAGUUCUGGCAUAGAAUGUAGAUAUGAACAGGUCUGACAAAGCACUGAUCUCGCUGUACAUGUAGCUAGUACUGAUAUGCUCUGUAAGAAUGGACAAAGCUGUGACUGAAAUAUUAACAUUGCUGUAUGUUAUAGCAAUAGGUGAAACUAUUCAAAUGCUCUUAAAUAGAGUAAAUGGUACUUUUAUAGUUCUCUCAGUUGACUAAAUUCCACUGAUUUGUCUGCUUUAGCCUCUUAGCUUUUCCUCGUUACUUAAUAAAAAUGACUGGAUUAAAUGAGUGCUUAGUUACUGGUGUGUGUGCAUAGUUGUGUGUGUAUACACACGUGCACACACAGAUAAAUAUAUAUAUAUAGUUUUUUAUGCAUUAUGUCACUUAAAGAUAAUUUAUAUCUGAUAGAGAGAAAUUUUUAGCUUUUUUAUUUGUUUCAACAUAAAAACUUUUGUAUGAAUUUUAAGAUAUUUGAAAAACUAAGUGGAUACAGAAAAUGAGAGCUCCUCUGUCCACCAGUGUCAUGCUACAGUGAUGCCUACAUGGCAUCACUGCUGGCCUCACUUCGCCUUUGGAGUCAGCAGCAUCAACUCCAUUGCAAUCAGAUAAACUGCACCAGAGAUGUGUUUGGUUUGCUAGCUACAUGUCAGUGUUUUGCCAAAUGAGGGCUUUGUUCUUUUUGUAUGUCAGACAUAAGUCUGAUUUUACAUACGUGCUCUUUUUUCUAAGUAAAUUAGUUGGCGGGAUUAGUUUUCUUGAAUUCUUACUUAACCACUUCAAUUUUUGUGACUGUGCAUUGAGAAAUGUGUCCAGUGUGAUGUGAAAAAUAAUCUGCAGUUUGAAAGAAGGUGAGGAAGACAGGAGUCAUUUUCUCAAGAGAACACAUUAAUUGACUUAAUAAAUGUAUGAUUAGAUUCUGCCUUCAGAGAUGGGCAAAACUCUUCUAAACAUAGUGGGAUCAAUAUAAGCUGAUCUGAGUGCAGAAUUUGAGCUACAAGGUCAAACUGAAGCAUUUUCUUACCCUUGAAACUGGCUGUAGCAGUAGAAAACGCGUUAUGGCUGUAUGCUAAUUGGAAGAGUCAGCUAACCUUUACUUACCUUAAUUACUCUUCAAGACCCUAAGAAAUUCUGGUCAUUGUCUGUGAAAUGUGCACUAAAAUCUUGCUGGAAAGAAAAAAAAAAAAAUCAUCUCAUAAGAUAUUAUGCAGUCAUUUUAGCAAUAUUAAUUACUGAAAUAUUAAUCUGUAAUCGCCAUAGAUAAGAGUAACACAAACAAAACAGGACCACUUCCUAUGCAGUUUGGUAGAAAUUAGUAUGUAUUAAUAUUUCAUAUUCAAUAUUUCUUAAAUUCCUACUGAAAUCUGAGUAAUAUAGAGGUGACAGGAGAGUAGGAUGCAAAACAAAUGAAUAUUAUGUGAGUGUUCACAAUGAAUUUCUUGGGUCAUGUGUCAAGUGAGGGACUGAGAAAAAUAAAAACAGGAGCAGUGGUCUUUCAAUUAAACUGUCAUAAAAGGUUUAGAUUUUAGGGCUUUUUUUUGUUUUUUUUUUUUUUAAUAGUUGUGAACUAACGUAUGAAAUGUUUCUGAAGCAAUCCUCAAAGUAGUCCCCGAACUUCCGACCAUUCAGCUAAAAGUAAAGGUCAUCCUUACACUGACCCUGGUUUUACUGAUUGCUUCAUUGUAACAUCUUAGUUAUAAAUUAAUUCUGUCUGAAGAUUUGCUCUGUAAUGUAUUAACUAUACCUUGAACUUUCCUUUUCUUUUUAAAAUGCAUAGAACCAUUUUCCUCCCAUGUAAGUUAGCAGACUCUGAGCCAUUGGUAUCAGUGGAAUUAAGAUAAAAGAUCUGCAAAGGUUUGCUUACUAUUGUCCUUGUCACAAUUCAGUAGUAUUUUUAGGCAAGUAAGAAACAAAAUCUCUGAUUUUCUGUUUCACUUAGCAAAACAAAGCAAAGAAAUACAACCUCACUCAGGAAUAUCUGAGUGUUUAACAAAAGGCUAACAUGGUUAUGUUCUUUAAACAAUGUGAUACAGUUUUUUUGAACAGAAAAGAUUCCUCAGCAUACGUUUCUCAUUACAGCUCUUAAGCUACUUACUGAAGUGUUAGCUAUUGUUUUGGUUUUUUCUCUAGAAAUUAUUUUUUCUCUGUUAGAGGGAGUUAAUUGUGUGGGUAGGGGACAAUGGAACUGGGGUCUUUGGGGGAGAAAGAUCUGAUCUGUAUCGCCCAUCAUCCAGACGUCACAUAGCUGCCAGUCUUCUCCUGUAGCACUUUGUUGGCAUUGCAGUGCUGCCUGUGAAGGGGCAUGGCCAGUAUUUCCUUAUCACACACCUGCCUGAAUGUUUCAUGUGCUCUGGUUGCAUUGAGCAGGCUUGCAAGACAAAAUUGCAAUGUAAACUGCUUGCUGUCCUAAGGCAAAAAAAAUAUAUAUAUUGAAUAUAUAUAAUUUUUAAGGCCUUUUCUUGCAUCUCACUCAGUGUUUUGCUGUAUUGUGGAGGGAGCUAGUGAAAAAGAAUAAGCUGCUGCUAAUGUGACAGGUCAAGGCUUUUAUAAGGCCCAUGGGGAGCCUAUAUAGAGCAGGAUCCUUGGGAGGAGGCUUUGUUUCUGGGGAUGGAAUCUAUCCAUGAGAAACUCUGGCUUUACUUGGUACUUGUUUCGCUCUGCCUUUGACCAUGUUUUUCAGAAGAGCUGCUGCGGGAGAUGAAUAGCCCAACAAAAGCCUCACUAUUUAGGGAGCUGUGUUCCCUCAGCACAUGACCUUAAAUGAGAAAGCAGCCUGUAAUUCACAAGGAAUUUCCUCAGCAAUUGCAGAAGGCCUGUGCUUCCUAUAGUGCUUAGAUAUUACAGACAAAUUAAUUCAGAUUAGUUUUCAAUGUAUUGUGCGUCAAAGAUGCUAGUAAAAAUAGGUGGGAAAAAUCUAUCCUCAGAAUAGCACAUUUCAAACUUUUUAAAUAAAACUUCUUAUAAUACAAUGCUUUAAAAAAUGAAAAAAAGGUCAAAUGAUUUGACCGCAUGCCUAUACCCAAAAAUAUACAGACAGAUACUGUGGCACCUCAUAACUGCUUAGCACGAUUGCUUUUAGAUUUCCUCUGAGACAGAGCAUCUGCGUGACUCUUCAAAGCAGAUUUGUUAAUGGUAAAAAUCUGUGUGUAUAAUUUUUAAUUAUAAUUCCACAUUAUUUUUACUGUUUAUCAAUUGUAUAACAUUUUAGAAGUGACACUAUUAUGCAAUUAAAACAUGCAUCUUCAGAUUUUUUUUAGACUCUAAAAUGAAGAAAUACUAUGCAUUAUUUCCAAGCAUCAUGAGCAUGUUAGUAACAUCACUGUAGAUGUGUGUGGGAAAAUAGCCGUUUCAUCCAGAAAACGUGCAUAUGGUAUGUGAGGAAUUUUCAUUGUGCCCAGCUGAAAUUCCCUUACGUUCACAAGCAGUGUUUCAAGUGGACCUUAAAAAGGAAGGACAUUUGUAUAGGCAUAGUUUACAUUUUAUCCAUUAUAAUCAACUGGAUUUAUUUUUUCCUCUCUAUGGUGUCAUGAAAACCUGCUAUGUAAAGUAUUCUUCAGACUGCAGUGGAAAAAAUUAUUUUCCCAGUCUGAUCAUAUUAUUUGUUUCCUGUUUAGUGUGCAUACUUAAAUGCACACGUGUUGCAAACGGGGAGUGAACAUGUGAAGCAGCUUCAAGCAACCCUUAGUCCAUAAGGAAUAGUGAAGCCCAGGACAGAGAGGUCCUACUGCUUUUGCAGUGGGCAUCCCAAGCAGACACAAGGCACCUUACAGUUUCCCAUAGCAUCCCUACAGAGAUGGUGCUCUGAGACCAUACUGCUCCACAUGUCAGGGCAGGAAGCCUUUUCAGAGCAGGCUGGCUGGGCAGGGGUGACACUGUUUCUGUCCUGUAUUUCCAACGCUUGUCCACGCAUUGGAAAUACAUAGUGUACAGUCUGCAAUCCUCAGCUCUACAGGCUUUUUACAUCUUUACUCAUCAAAAAAUGCUUGCAUUUAAUCUAGAAAGAGACAACUGGUGCCAGUAAGUACUGUAAACAUGGAUGCUUCAGGCCUCCUUGAGAGCUUCUGAGAAUGCUUUGGGCAUCUACCCGUUGACUUCAGCCCAGCCCCAAGAUCUGCAUUUGCCAGCCUUAAGUCAAGUUUUCUGUAGCCAGGAAAGGGCACUUCUCAUAGAGACAUUAAUGCUGAACGAGUGCUGGGUGAUGUUUACUCUGCUCUAUGAGGGAAACAUAGUGCCAGUGUUCUCGCUGUCCACUUGAAACAGAAGAGCAAGAUUUAUUUAAGCAGGAAUGGAGCAAUAGUUAAGAACAACACUACUUUUCAAUGAUGAUCUUGACACUGCUCAGUGCACAGAAUCUCAUGGAUAGCACAGAGUUGAAAUUCACGGAGAGGAAAAAACAGUUAAAAGUAGCCAAUGUGAAUGUAUUUUAUAGUGAACCAAAUCAGUGGGAUUUCACUGAGUGCAAGCCAGCUCAGAAUGAUUGGUCUUUCUGAAAACAAAUAUGUAAAUAAAAGUUGAAACAAAAUAAAUACGUAAAAGUAGUACAUUCUUCAGUUUAAGAAAUGCUGCUCUGGAAUGCAUUUUCUCUGUUUCCUUUUCUGCACGUACUGUUAAAAAAAAAGUAUACCUCCUUUAAAAGAAAAAAGUUUUGAAAUCUGGCAUUCAUUAAAAUGAUAUCUCUAUCCAAAUGCUAACUUCUCAUCCUUAUACCUAUACUGUGUUUGAGCUGUUCCAGUUAUAUUUUGAAGGGAGACGUUGAAAGAUGAGACAUUUGUUUGGAAAGUCAUUUGUGUUAGAAGAAUUCAAUGUGCUAACAUCUUCACUUUUACCUACUACUGCUUCAGAACCUAAAGAUAUGUUAAAGUGUCUUAUUUAGCAAUGGUGUGACAACUAUUAAAAAUACUACAGUUUUAAACUUUCUAUUUAACAUAUACUACCUUUUGUAAAAAAUAUAUACAGAUAAAUAAUGUUUCUCUAGAUUUUAUGCAUAGAGAAUGUUAGUAAGGGAAAAGGUUUUAAAUAAAUUUGUAACUUCUUACUGUCCAUUUUCCAUUUUAAAUGAUACUUUUAAAUGAUACUUUAAAUCACUACUUUUGUUUGUCUGGAAAUAUACUGAAUAUUUUAUUAUUUAAAAUAGUAUACUUUUAUAGCUGUUUAUUAAUUUCAGUUGACUACUAACUUCUAUUUUGAUAUUUAUUAAUGAGUUGACACUGUAGUAUAUUGAGAUGUUUAUUUUUCUAUCAGAGCUGUAACAACUAUGACAUAGCAUUAUUUUAAUGCAACAUCAUUGUACUUGCUCUCUAAAAAAUAAAAUCAAUAUUUAAUCCAUA